GUUUCUCUUCGGAGACCGGCCCUUCUGGUGGGUGCACGAGUCCGGGUACUAUAGCCAGGCUCCAGCCCAGGUUCACCAGUUCCCUUCUUCAUGUGAAACUGGUCCAGGCAGCCCUUCCGGACACUGCAUGAUCACGGGGGCCGCGCUGUGGCCCGUGAUGACGGCACUGUCUUCCCAGGUGGCUGCCCGGUCACGCAGCCGCUGGGUGCGGGCCAUGCCUAGCCUGGCCUACUGCACCUUUCUGCUGGCCGUCGGGCUGUCCCGGAUCUUUCUCCUGGCGCACUUCCCCCACCAGGUGUUGGCUGGGCUGGUGGCCGGUGCAGCCCUGGGCUGGCUGAUGACCCCCCGAGUGCCCGUGGAGCGGGAGCUCAGCUUCUACGGGCUGACCGCGCUGGCCCUCAUGCUGGGCGCCAGCCUCAUCUACUGGACCCUUGUUACGCUGGGCCUAGACCUUUCCUGGUCCAUCAGCCUGGCCUCCAAGUGGUGCGAGCGGCCUGAGUGGGUGCACAUUGACAGCCGGCCCUUUGCCUCGCUGAGCCGGGACUCGGGGGCCGCCCUGGGCCUAGGCAUCGCCCUGCACUCGCCCUGCUACGUCCAGGUCCGCCGGGCGCGACUGGCCGGCAGCCAGAAGAUGGCCUGCCUGGCACUGGCCAUGGGGCUGCUGGGUGCCCUGAGCUGGCUGGGCCACCCGCCCCAGGCCAGCCUCUUCUACAUCUUCAACUUCCUCAAGUACACGCUGUGGCCCUGCCUGGUGCUGGCCCUGGUGCCCUGGCUGGUGCACUCGCUCAGCACCGUGGAGGCCCCGCCCGCCCACUCCUCCUGACCGCCUGGCCACACUCCAAGCACAGCCCCAACCCGCCCUUGCCGAGGGUCCUGCUCCUCACACCUGGCCUUGCCCCCAGGAGGCCCCUCCAGUCUCCCUGCUGCCCCUGCCCUUCCAGCUCCAUACAAAGGGAGCUAGACCCAUGUGUUCCUACAACUCGGGUAGGGGCAGGAACUCCAAUAAAGUCCUGAAAACUUGGG